AUGUGCCGUCAUUACAAACAGUUUCCAACCAUUUCAUCUAACUAUCCAACCUCAUCACCAAUAUCCUGCUCGAUAUGCUCGUCUACACUUCCUCGAUCUACUCUUUGGUGUAAUCCCUGUCAAGCAGCUCGCUUCACUGCUCUUUCUCACACUUGGACGUCAGAUCAUCCACUCCUCGACAGAUACAUUUUAUCUACUCAACAGGAAGCUACUUCAUGUGUUAGUUACUUAGAAUAUAUUCCACAUCAACAACUAGCUAUCGAUUUCACCAUCGAUGAGACUGAAUACAGCGAUUUUGCUCGUGUAUUGAUCGGAUACUGGAUUGAUGGUCCAGCGGACACCUGGAGCGGCAGAGAGAAGAAGUUCGUUCGCGGAAGAGAGUACGUUAAAAUCGCAUUUAUUAGUUACAAAUGUACAGAGGAAGAGUUUGUUGAGGAACUACGUUUGCAGUUUGAGGCAAGAAAACAGAAUCUGUUGAUGACAAGGGUAUUUGGUGCGACAUAUUGUUCUUUGACACAAAGAUUUUGUAUGAUAAUCGAAUCAGCUGAAUGGGAUUUGAGGCGUUAUAUUUCUCAUUUGCACACGCGUUUAGAAUGGUCUCAUCGCUUGCUCAUCCUACAUACGUUGACUUCAGCAAUAUUGUACCCCGAUAAGUAUCAGUAUUACCAGCCAUUGUAUGAAGGUGAAGUGGACAAUGUUAUAUUUAGAUCACAUACAGAAGUACCAUUACGAGAGAUGCAAUUAGACACAAAGUCAUAUGGAAUACCAGUAAUCGGUAGUGUAAGAUUUGAUAUUUCUCCGUAUAUUCCACCCGAAUUUCUAAUAAGCGGGAAGAAAGAGAGUGGACACGAAGUAUAUACCAUAUCAAUGAUAAUGUUUAACCUGAUCUGCAACGAACCAAUCUUAUAUUCAAUGUUACCACAACAAUCUUCUUCAUCAACGAAUACAUUCUCUCCCUCGGCCUAUUCCUCCUAUCUGUCGUCUUCUCUUCGCCCCCUCAUUCCUGAUUUUCUUCAGUCGAUAGUUCCGUCUUUUUACAUUUCUUUGAUGAUGCAAUGCUGGUCUCAUAAUCCAUGCGAUCGCCCUUCCAUUGCCACCCUACACGAUAUACUCACACGCUGGCGAUUUGAUCCAAUAUACGAAAGCGAAUUCCAAGAAGCCGAGUCGAAGAGAUUUGCAUAUGAAAAGUCGAAAGGUAACGACCCCAGUGAGGAGCUGACAUUACCGAGUAUUGAACAUCCGAUGGCAGUCGGGAUUGCAAGACCAAUUAGGUAUUUGAAAAUGCCAAAGGUUCCGCCCAAGCGGCUUUGGGUUAGACAGGAGAAAUCAGAUAUCUGGAGGGCUGACAGAAGUUUCUUUAAUCACAUAAAUUCAUUAAGACCUCGUACGUUCAUGCUCCGCUUUGGAUACGAUCCAUCGCUGUCGAAUGAUGAAAAAAAUGAAAAGACAUAG